GGCGGGAUGGAGGCCACGGACGGGAUGGAGGCGGCGGACGCGGCGGCGCUGCAGGAGCGGCUGGAGGCGGGCGGGCAGGGCCAUGUGCUGCGCUUCUGGCAGGAGCUGGGCGACGCGGACCGCCGGGCGCUGGCGGCCGAGCUGCGCGGCAUGGACGUGGCCGAGAUCAACCGCUUCUUCCGCCGCGCCCGCGGGGACGGCGGCGGCGAAGCGGCGGCGGCGCUUGACGCGCGGAUGGAGCCGGUGCCGCGGGACGUGCUGGGCAGCGCCAGCCGCGACCGCGGGCUGGUGCCGCGCUGGGAGAGCCGCGGGCUGGCGGAGAUCGCGGGAAGCCGUGUGGCCGCGCUGCUGCUGGCCGGCGGGCAGGGCACCCGCCUCGGCGUCCCCUACCCCAAGGGCAUGUGCGACGUGGGGCUGCCCUCCCGCAAGACCCUCUUCCACCUCCAGGCCCAGCGCCUGCGGCGGCUGCAGCAGCUGGCGGAGGAGCAGCACGGCACCCCCUGCCAUAUCCCCUGGUACAUCAUGACAAGUGGCCGCACUAUGGAGUCCACCAAGGAAUUCUUCCAGAAGCAUUGUUAUUUUGGCUUGAAGAAGGAAAACAUCAUCUUCUUCCAGCAGGGCAUGCUGCCUGCCCUGGGGUUCGAUGGGAAAAUCCUGUUGGAGGAGAAGGGCAAGAUUGCUAUGGCACCAGAUGGCAAUGGGGGCCUGUACCGGGCCCUGGGGGCACACGGCAUCGUGGAGGACAUGGAGCGGAGGGGUGUGCAGAGUGUCCAUGUGUACUGCGUGGACAACAUCCUGGUGAAGGUGGCUGACCCCAGGUUCAUUGGGUUCUGCUUGGAGAAGGGAGCAGACUGUGGGGCUAAGGUGGUGGAGAAGACCAACCCCACGGAGCCGGUGGGUGUGGUGUGCCGAGUGGAUGGUGUGUACCAGGUGGUGGAGUACAGCGAGAUCUCCCUGGCCACUGCCCAGAAACGGGGCCCAGACGGGCGGCUGCUCUUCAACGCGGGCAACAUCGCCAAUCACUACUUCACCACUGCCUUCCUGAAAGAUGUAGUCAACACUUAUGAACCACAACUGCAGCACCAUGUAGCUGAGAAGAAGAUCCCACAUGUGGACAUCGCUACAGGGCAGUUAAUCCAACCCGAGAAGCCCAAUGGGAUUAAGAUGGAAAAAUUCGUCUUUGACAUCUUCCAGUUUUCCAAGAAGUUUGUGGUGUACGAGGUGCUGCGUGAGGACGAGUUCUCUCCCCUGAAGAACGCAGACAGCCAGAAUGGCAAGGACAACCCCACCACAGCCCGACAUGCCUUGAUGUCCCUGCACCACUGCUGGGUUCUCAAUGCAGGGGGGCACUUUGUGGACGAAAACGGCACACGCAUCCCUGCCAUCCCUCGCUUGAAGGAUGCAAACGACCUGCCAAUCCAGUGUGAAAUUUCUCCCCUCGUGUCCUAUGGAGGAGAAGGUCUGGAAAAGUACGUGAAGGACCAAGAGUUUCGCGCACCUCUGAUUAUUGACGAGGAUGGGAUCCACGAGCUGGUGAAGAAUGGGAUGUAGUGGCAGCAGGGUGCCCAAGCAGGGCUGUCCAUCCCACCAGGAACUCAGACACAUGAAGGUUUAUAGCUGUGACUGGUUGGGGCUGGUCCUGCUCACUCCAGCCCUGUGCAGGGGAGGAUGUGGCCCACUUGGUUCUCAGCACGUUGUAUGCUUCUAUUUAUAUUUUAAUUUAAAAACCAAACACUUUAUGGAUUCCCCUGCCAAGAAGCACAGCUAUAGUGUGCUGCUCUUUGCACUCCAGGCUGUGGGCAUUUAUUUUUAAACAUGUAUAUAGUAGUACUCAUUGUACAUGCAGAGAGAGGAUUUUUAUGGUACGGGGCUGGGAUUAAUCUUGAAUUUUUAUUUUUCUUAAAUCUACAUGACUAUUUUUUUUUAAUAGGGUCCUUGUCAUUGCCCAUGUCCCUCCUUUUGGUCAUCCUUUCUACGUUGCACAACUGGAAGCACCCAAUUAAACUCUGAGUCCCUCCUGUUUGUCA